UGUGUCAUUGUCCAAAAUGUCAAAUUUGAAACCUAGUGUAACAUAACAAAGGUUAUGUAAAAAAUAGUUUUUCUCUUUCCAAUGCAAUGAUUUUUUUCUGACCAAAAUUCAAAAUAUGCCGUAUUUAUUGCCAGAAGAAAUGGAAAGUCAUCAUUAUUUUUUUGCAGUAGCAAUUCUAUUGCUGAUUGCCUUGUACCUCAAUGAUUUGUGUAAUGAAAGAAGAUGCGCAUGUAGAGAUAUAGAAAGUGUUAUAAACGUUUAUUCCUACGAUAGUUUCAAUGGCCCUCAAUGCUGGAAACAAAUAUUCGAAAAUGCGAACGGUAAAAAACAGUCUCCUAUAAACGUGCUAUACUCUAUGGCUCAAGAAGUUCCGACCGAAUCAGUUUGUCCUUUGUCUUUUUCCGAAGAAUUUCAUUUGAGUCCAAAAGAAAUGCGCAUUUACAAUAAUAGUCACAAUGUUGUAGUUUAUGCGAACUGGGAUUGUAACAAAAUACCUUAUAUUACUGGAGGUCCUUUAGAAGAAGACUAUAAAUUUCUAAAUAUGAGAUUUCGAUGGGGACCUACUGACCACGAAGGUUCAGAACACAUGAUUAAUUCCACACGUUAUAGUAUGGAACUCCAAAUAGCCUUCGUUAAAUGUAGUGCAAUUGAAGAAGAUUUAAUUAUAGCAGCUAGAAAUGGCUGUCUUUUAAUGUUAAGUUAUCUUUUUAUGGUGACGCCAAUAGAUAAUCCAUAUUUAGAACCAAUUGUAACUGGUUUAAAAUUUAUCAGGAAUCCUAUGAGCUAUUUAUGCAUAGAACCUAUUAUUCUGUCUCUGCUGAUUCCUGAUUUUUCCAGAGAUUAUUAUUGCUAUACUGGGUCGUUGACGUUUCCACCAUGUACUGAAGGCGUUCUUUGGAUAAUCAAACCUGAACCACUUAUGAUUUCAUCUAAGCAAAUAAGACAAUUUAGAAGAAUUAAUGGAUGUUUUGGAAAUAUACAGAACAAUACUAGACCGGUACAAAAGUUAAACAACAGGGAAGUUAGUUAUUACGUUUAAAUAUGUCUAUACAUUAUUGUAUUUUAUUGUGAAUAAACUACUUUUAGGUUUGGGGUAGGAGCAAAAUAGCGAUUAUUUUACCUCUGAUAUGCGUUAAUGAUAUAAAUGUUGCAUAGUGAUUAAACAUACUAUACAGGGUGUCCCAAAUUGUUUUACCCAUACUAUAACUUCUAAACCUUUUAGAUAAUCGAACCGGACAAAAGUCUUACAUUAUAAUUAGCAGUGUACUUUGAAAAAAAUAAAAAUUUGACGACCCACUCUCAAAAACUACCCGUCUG